UUGCACGUUUGCAGACUUAAAAAAAAAAAACAAAAAAAAAAAAAAACUGUAUUCCUUAAGCCCGGGUUCACACUGAUUAAUAAAACCCCGCAUUCACUAUAUCUGUUUUCCCCGGACCCCGCAUUCACUAUAUCCGCUCUCCCCGGACCCUGCAUUCACUAUAUCCGCUCUCCCCGGACCCUGCAUUCACUAUAUCCGCUCUCCCCGGACCCUGCAUUCACUAUAUCCGCUCUCCCCGGACCCCGCAUUCGCUAU